AUGGGGAUGCGGCCGGCGCUGUGGCGCGCGGGUGGGGGAGGGGCGGCGCUGCUGCUGCUGCUGCUCCUCCCCCUCCUCCCCCUCCCCCUCCCCUUUUCGGGGGGAUUUGGGGCGGGGGUCGCGGCCGGGGGGGAGGGGGCGGGGCCGUUCCGGCCCGUGGUGAUCGUGCACGGCCUGUUCGACAGCCCCAGCGACUUCCGGCACCUGCGGCAGUUCAUCAACGAGAGCCACCCUGGCACGGAGGUGACGGUGCUGGACCUGUUUGACCGGGGGGCGUCGCUGCGCCCGCUCUGGCUGCAGGUGGCCGGGUUCCGGCAGGCGCUGGCGCCCAUCAUGGCCAACGCUGCCCACGGGGUGCACCUGCUGGGCUACAGCCAGG